GGAAAAACUAAAUAUGUUAGAUUUUCAAAAACUAAAAGAGGAUUAAUACCAACAAUUUUAAAAUUACUUAUAAAACAAAGAAAACAAGCAAAAAAAGAUCGUAGUAGAUAUGAUAAAUCUGAUAUAGCAUAUGUUAAUGAAUUAACUGAGAGUCAUAUGAAUCAAGGAGAUUCUGAAAAUUUAGCUAUUACAAAAACAUUAGCAUUUAUUGAAAAAAAUUAUAAUUAUUAUAAUAUUUUACAAGAUGUUUUAAAGAGAAUAGCCAAUUCUAUUUAUGGUCAAUUCAGUAAUCAAUAUUCUAUUAUAUGUGAUUAUGAAGUAUCAGCCAGUGUCACUGCAUUUGCUAGAAAUUACAUAACAAUGGCAACUGAAUACAUGAAAAAUAAAGAGAUUUCUGAAUCGAUAAAAGAAAAGAAAUUUAUUUGGAAAUAUACCAACACUGAUUCAAUAUUUUUUUCUUUAUCACCCAUAUUGAUAAAUGAAAUUAUUAAAAAAUAUGAAUUUCGAUUAUUAGAUAAAAAUGUAAAUGAAGAAGAUUUUAGUAAAAUAAUAUAUGAUAUUAGAAAAGAGAUAGUACUUGUAUUAUAUGAAGAAGGUAUUAAUUUACAAAAUGAAAUCAAUGGAUGGAUGGCUAAUAAAAUGGAAUCUCCUUAUAUUGUUAUGGAAAUGGAAAAAGUUAUUAGUUCAAAUUUAUAUAUAUCAAAAAAGAAAUAUAAUGGAUUAAUAUAUGAUAAACCUGAAUAUUAUUACGAUAAUGAAUGGAAAGGUUUAGAUAAUCAUAUUAAAGAAGUAUUAAAAGUUGAUAAUGUGACAAAAGAAAUGAUUGAUGAAUACAUUAAGACAGCAAAUGAAUAUACUUUAUUAUCACAUGGUAGAAAAUUUGAUAAUUUAUUAGCAAAAGGAACAGAUUUAGUUAGACGAAAUGCAAUUUUAAUAACUCGUGUGAUAUUGAAAAAAUUACUUUAUACGAUAUUUGAUUACAAAGAAUAUAGUAAAUAUUUAUAUAAUAAAAAAUUCACAAAAAUAGAGGAAUAUCAGAAUUUUAUUAAUUUUAAUGAAGAUGAAUGGUGCAGAGAUAUAAGUAAAAAAAUAGUUGAAGAUUUUAUUAAAUAUCUUUAUUCAAAAGAAACUGAAUUGGAAUUAGAAUUAUUUGAACAAAAUGCAAGAAACAACGAAGAAGAAGAUAAUGGUGAAAUGACAUUUAUUGAAUUAACAAAUCAUAGAUGUUUUAAAUAUAAUAAUCAAGGAAAAUGGGAGAUUGUAAAUAAUAAAAUUGUUCUUUAUGAUGAAAAAGGAAAUUUAAUUGAUUUUUCUAGAAAUAGAGAAAAUCAAAAAGGAUGGGAACGAUCAGAUCGAGAUUAUAUUUAUUUACAAAAAGAUGAAUUAAAAGAAGAUGGUUCAGUAAUUGAAUAUAAAGAAGUUGAAUUAAAACAAGUAUCCGAUGAAGACACAACAUCUUAUGUUAAGAAAUUUGUUGCUGAUAUGAAAUUAAUUGGUGUUGAA